CGCUGCCUUUCUCCCCGUCCCCUGCCUGCCAUUUAUUGCCGCCUCGCACACGGCACACGCCUUCGCUCGCAUCCACUCAUCAGCGCCUCACUGGCAGCGCUACUACUACUAGGCACUAGCGUAGUAGGAGAGCAGCGGCGGGAGCGGGAGCGGGACGAAGCGAAGCCGGGCCGGUGAGGUUUUCAAUCCUUCGACGGCGGGCUGCGUCGAGCACCGUCGUCUCGCGGACGCGCGAGCGCGAUCGUCCGGCCCGUCACGUCCAGCAUAAUGGUCAAGACAUUUGGAGAAAUGGAUAGUGAUAUUGUUGAUGUCCUUAAGCAAGGUCAAAUGCAGAGCCAAGUCCUUAAACAAGGUAAAAUGCAGAGCGAUGUCCUUAAGCAACGUCAAAUGCAGAGUGAUAAAUUGACCAGACAAUUUAACUCUCCAACUAAGCCCAGCCUUGCUGGGGCUACAAAGGCAUCGCUGUUGAAGGGUCAAAAUAAGAAAAAAUUGAUAGAAGAUGCAAAAAAGUCAUCCCCUCGUGUUAAGCGAAAUAAGACUGGACCAAAUCAGCUUUCAUAUAAAGAAAGCAAUGUAUCUGCAAAACAUGUCCUGUCCGAAGACAUUGGAGGUACUACUGAAUUGAAGAGACUGCUAACUCCAAUUAACUUAUUCGAAGACGAAUGCAUUUUCUGCCAUUCAUUUAGAAGGAGCCAGCUUCAUGGUUCGAUGGUGUGUUAUCUAAAGGGAAGGGUUGUGUCCAUUGAAGAGGGCAACUCAUCAAAUGCCAUCUAUGUCCAUAAAAAGUGCCUGGAGUGGACUCCACUAGUGUGGUUUGAGGGUGACGUUGUUGUGAACUUGGAGUCAGAAAUCAGACGUGCUUCAAGACUGAGAUGCAGAAGAUGUGGUCUCCUGGGAGCAGCCCUUGGUUGUUAUGACAACGAUUGCGAUAGGAGUUUUCACGUUCCAUGUGCAGUUCAGAUUGAUUGCCGCUGGGAUGUUGAUGAACGUCUUGUGCUGUGCCCUAAACAUGUUUCAAAGACACUACCAUGUGAUAAGCUGUAUACACAUACAAAGGAGGAUGACAAUUCUUCUUCCUUGCAUCAAAGCCAAUGUUCCUACAAAGAAGAUUCUUUCACUGCUUUUGAAGAGGAAGGCCAACAAUCUGACCAGCUUAAAACCACAAGGUCUUUCUUGCCUGUGGGCCCAUGUACAGACAAGGAAGGAAAACUUGACAAUCAUCAUAGGGAAAAUCAACAAACAGAUCAACUCAACACUUCUAAUGCUGCAUCAUUUCCUCAGAGCCCAUAUAUACACAAGGAAGUAAUUUUUGACAAUCAUCAAAGGGAAAAUCAGCAAACAGAUCAGUUUAACAUUUUGAAUCCUUCGUACUUGAGUCAAAGCCAAUGUUUUCUAAAAGAAGGGAUUUCCACAAAUAGCUCAAGAGAUGGCAAUCAAAUUGAUCAGCUUGAUACCUCAAAUUUUUCUUCCUUGCCACUGGGGAAACAUUCAGAUGAAGAAGAAAUUUGUAUGAAUUGUGAAAGGGAUGAUCAACGAGCACAUAAGCCUAACACCUCAAUUUUGUGCUGCUUGCCUAAGAGCUGUCAUCCAGAUGAAGAAGGAAUUUCUAGUGUUUACAAAGGGGAAAAGAUAAAAGCAUAUCAGCCUGACACAUCAAGCUUCCCUUCUGAUCAGUUGGUUUUGCUUGGAUUGUCUUUAAGUGUGUCGGAGAAGGAUUCCUUGCAGGAGUUUGCCUGUUGGACCAACGCGAGGCUGACGAAAGAGUGGGGCGAAAAUGUGACUCAUGUCAUCGUGGGCAAAGGUGCUGGCACCUCGUGGAGCAGAUCAUUUGAAGCCCUCAUGGCCAUACUGCUUGGGAAAUGGGUCGUCCAUUUUGAAUGGGUUGCCGACUGCUCCUCGGAGAUGACUCGACGUCCAGAAGCUUCUUAUGUACUCAGCAUGGAUUCAAUCAGAACAAUCGACGGGCCGAAGAAGGGAAGAAUCCGAGCAACCAAAGGGACACCGAAGCUGUUCUCGGGCCUGCGCUUGUGCCUCAGUGCCUACAUGGACCCUGACGGCAGACACCGCGUGCGCAACCUCAUCGCGACCGCGGGAGGGCAGGUCCUGAGGGGAGGGUUCCUGGACCUGCUGCUCGGAGACUCCGGCGGCUCGUCGGUGGGGCCGUACUUCGUCUUCGACGGCGACGCGACCGGAGGAUUUUCCAGGAGCACGCUGCGGAAGGAGGAGGUGGAGGCGAGGAAGCACGCGGCCUUGAGGGCGCGGGUGAUCAGCCACCUGAGGGUGCUUGACGCCGUCGCGGCGUACGACGCGGAGAUCCUGGAUCGCUGAACACGAAGAGAAGGAUGGCUUCGCGUCCUACAUGCGCGCGCGAGUGGGGUAGGUUGCGUCGUCGUAGGUUGGCACUUACUCAACUGAAAAUCAAAUAAGUAUAUGCUUCAGAAAAUUUGGUCCAUGUGGUCGAUCAGUGUCGACUGAUGAUCUCGUGAUGUGAAAUCGACAAAGCCAGCAUUGUUCAAUGUCUGUAAUACGCAGUGGGACCAGACUGUGGCUGAAAACCAUUCCCAGUACUGCGCCGCCCGACUUAUUUGAACCACAACUGACUAAUUUAACUCGUCAGAUGCAGCCAGAAUCCAACCGUCAAA